GAGGAAGUGGCGGGGCAGGACUGGGGAUAGACAGUCAGCCAUUGCUGUGUGUCGUGGCUGUGAGCAAAAUACGAAGACAGGAAAGAAGACAUACUACGGUCUCUCAAGUUGCGGGAAGCAAUUUUAGUUGUGUCCAAAGGAAAACUUAAGGCGUCUAAUCCAUCUGCGUAUAGAUAAAAGGUGAAUUAUUUGGACAAAUCACUGCAUGCAACAACAUUAGUUAUUUCAGCUCUUUGUAAUUGACGAGAUUUGGAUAUGUCCUUCAUAUUUGAUUGGAUUUAUAGUGGUUUCAGUAGUGUACUGCAGUUUCUAGGGCUGUAUAAGAAAUCAGGCAAAUUAGUAUUUCUUGGCCUGGACAAUGCUGGCAAGACCACGCUACUGCAUAUGCUUAAAGAUGACAGACUGGGUCAGCAUGUACCAACCUUGCAUCCUACUUCAGAAGAGCUGACGAUUGCUGGUAUGACCUUCACCACCUUUGACCUUGGAGGGCAUGCACAGGCACGAAGAGUGUGGAAAAACUACCUCCCAGCCAUCAACGGCAUUGUGUUUCUCGUCGACUGUGUAGACCACUCUAGACUGGCCGAAUCCAAAACGGAACUUGAUGCACUAAUGACAGACGAAACUAUUGGAAAUGUGCCUAUCUUGAUCCUUGGCAACAAGAUUGAUAAGCCAGAGGCAAUUAGUGAGGAGAAACUGCGCGAAUUGUUUGGGUUGUAUGGCCAGACAACAGGCAAGGGUAAUAUUCCCCUGAAGGAACUGAAUACGAGACCACUGGAAGUGUUUAUGUGCAGUGUGCUAAAGAGACAGGGCUACGGGGAGGGCUUCCGCUGGCUUUCCCAGUACAUUGACUAGUGGCCCUUCUACAAGGCGGUGCACUAUGAUCCAUCUAACCAACUACACACUCAGCCCUGUGUUUGGUUCUAAAGCCUGCCUUUGCUCCUCAAAAGACAUGUGACAGCAGCAACCCAGUACAACUUGAUUCAGAUAGAUUUUCUUUGGGUGGACAGUUAAUGUGUUUUCAAGUACACCUUUUUCUAAAAGAAUAAUAGCAGUGAUGCUGAGUUAAGUCCAAACUCAUGACAUUCUUCAUUAAUUUUACAUUUCAUUUGACAUUCUUUUUCCUCUGUGAUGUGUGGGGAAAAUGCAAAUGAUUGUUGCGCUAUUGGCAGCCCCAGUUUCAAACUAAAUAUAAAGGACUUGUUUCACACCAUUGUUUCAUUAUGGUCAUCAUGUUUCCUGGUUUCUUCUUUCAUUGUUAUUUUAAAAUUAUGCGCAUCUCUGAAGAUCAUAAGUAUGUAAACACAGAGUCUUGGUUUACUCUAGGUAAUGGUGUGCCUGAUGACCAUAAGCAUGUACUUUGUCACUCUAGUCAUUUUGAAUUUUUUUAACUGGCUGGCUAACCCUUCUAAGACAUGGGAUUGAAAUCCUAUAGCUGACUCAUUCCUAGAGCCUGUUCAUUGGAGUUCAAUGAUUGUUUGUUUUUUUGGAAGUUCAGGUUGAGAGCUAAGAAGAGAAAUGUAGAUGGCAGACUAUUAGGGUGAAGAGAAAUAAUUGCAAAUUAAUGUCUGACAUUUAUAUGAGUGGAGGUAGCCAACAAGUGUGUGGGUUUUUUGGGGUUGUUUUUUUUUUGGCAUAAGCGCAUAGAUGUGAAAACAUUGGAAGAAGAAAAGAUUUUGACACACCACUCAUUUUGUAGACAAAUUUACGUUGAGUGUCGGACAAGAAGCAAAAUGUGACCGUUCAUAAAAGUAUCACCAAUUCAUCUGGUAGUAUGGCCUGUAUAUCAAUUUUUAUAAGUGGUGUUUAAAAUAGUUCUGGCUUUGAUCAUUGUACAUUACAUAAAAAUAACUAUUAUGCAUGCCUUGUUCCUUGAUUUUUAAUGAACACACUUGUGAAAAAAUCCAAAACAAGGAAAACCAAAUUAACAUAAACAGUUGAGAACAGUCCUAGAUCUUUUUUGUUUAUUUUGGUUUGAUUUAGACAUUUAUGCAAAAUGGAAUGGCACAUUAAUUUUUAUCCUGUUCUGUUCUUUUGUAUAUCAUUCCAUGAGCUGUUCCACAUGAGGGACUACACAUGUUUGCAUCAUAAAUUGUAAUAAAUGUUUGCAAUUAAAACAGGA